CGGGGGUCGUGCGGAGCCGGGACCCCGCAGCAUGGGCGUCCGCACGGUGCGGGUGCGCGGGCUCCCCGCAGAUCUGCCCCCAGACAGGGUGGCCGACAAGCUGACCAUCCACUUCCUGCGGUCUCGCAACGGUGGCGGGGAGAUCGUCGAGGUGCGGGUACUGCCCGGACCCCCACCCUGCGCCCUCCUCACCUUCGAGGCGCCGGAAGUGGCCCAGAGGGUCCUGGAAGUGAAGAGCCACGUUCUGUCGGUCGGAGGAAAGCUGUACCCGCUGGAGGUGACACCGCACGACACCGAGCUGACCCUCGAUGAGAUCUUCAUAUGCAGCUCUGUGAUUGUUGACUACAGCAAACUUCCUGAUGGUGAAAACCUCCUGAGGAACUUGCAUAAAAGUCACAGCAAUGUGCUGCUCCACUUCAACUCCCACAACAUGCACUGCAUGGUCAAGGGACCUUUCACUGAGCUGCAGGCCUUUAGCAGGGAUCUGCUGGGCAGCCUGAAUCUCAAGGCCAUUGGAGAGAUCCUCCUGCCAGGUUCAAGCCAUGUUGCCAAAGAGACCAGAACACAUGAUCACCAGGAAGUGCCUGACCCUGCUGAGUCAGGAGAGACAGCAAAGGUUCUGAAUUGGGACCAGGUGUAUGAAAAAGGGGCUGAAGUCCCAACAUUUGGGGACCCAGUGGAUGGGGAAGCCGUCAGGCAGCUGGAGGACUUUUCCCUGGUGAUGGACUCUGACAUUUUCAUGUACAUGCAGAGGUUCUGUGCUGCUGAGUACCAAGAUGUGCUCCGCCAGCAUCGUGUGGAUGUGGUGGAUGUUAGCAGUGAGGACAUCACUGUACUGUACCUCCAGCCCUCUGCAGGUGUGGCUGGAGCUGUGGACACCUUGCACAAAGCUCACCUGGCCCUGCAGCAGCUUUACCGGCAGCUGGAGGUGAGCUUGUGCCAGGAGAAGAUCUCCAAGGAAGGGCUGGAUGUGGACAGCCAGGCACUCAGGGCUCUGAUCCGUGAGCUGCAGAAACUCUACCCCAACAUGCUCUGCCAUGAAGAUGUGAAGCAGCUUUAUCUUAUUGGAAACCUUGUUGAUGUCUCCCGGGCCAAGAAGCACAUUCAGGAUUUCAGCAACAGGAAAGAUGCUGCACACAGGGCUGACAUUCCCAGCAGCUCCCAGCCCUCACACCCAGCAGCCUCCAGCACCAGAGAGGCUGCACCACUGCAGAACAAGGUGCCUGUGGGCACCUCAACCUCAGGGCUCAGCCUGGGCAGGCUGGAGCUGAAAGAUAAGCUCAAGGUCGCUGCCAACUUCAGCCCUCUGAAAGCUGACAGACCUCAGGCUAACCACGGCCCCUUGCUGCAUCAGGGCUCUCCACCCACUGGAGACUGGGCACAGCUUUCUGGAACAGAUGCCCUGAGUUCAAGUGACCCAACAGUGCUGACCCAGCAGGACCAGCCUCGUGUCUCUACAACAGGUAUGAUUCUGAAGUCAGCUGCGGAGUUUCAGCAGAAGGACCCCAAAGAAAGGGACCAUGUGAAAGGAGGUGCCCAGCUUCCAAGACACAGGGCUCUGUCUCCUUUUGGAGGCACUAGGCAAAACCCUGGGGACUCUAAAGGCUCAGGUCCCAGCAAGUAUAACUCCUUCACCAGCAUGUCCAGUGCCUUUGACAUGACAAAGAUCUCUUCUGCUUUAGACUCUACACCUACUGAAUCCAAGCCUCUGCUGCGACGUUCCAGCAGCUUCUCCCUGCCACGGUCAAAAGAAAGCAACAAAUCCCAGUACAGGGCAGAGAGGGAAGGCAGCAGGGUGAGUGAAGAAAUGAGCCUGGACUCCCUGCAGUGGUCUUACCUAAGGGACGUUUGCUCCUCUGCCCUUGAUGAGCUGUGCAGGGAUGGAGCUGUGCAGAUCUCAGAGCAUCGCACUGGGAACUGCACUGUGCUGACACUACAGGCAGAGGACAGGAACAAGCUCUCCCAGGCUAAGUGGAAGGUGGAAGCUCUGGUGCAGAAGUGUCCUGACCUUGUGUGUCACACUGUGAGCUACUCUGAGCUCGCCCUCGAUGGUCGAGAUGACAGUGACCUGAGUGAACUCUGCAGCUUCUUGAGAGGAAACUCCCUCCAGGUUGGACUCAGCAAAGACAAGUACAAGCUGUCUCUUGUCUGCCCCAGGGAGAUGCUGCCAGGAGUGACUGAGGCUGUCCAGUUGUUUUCUUCCAGGAGGCUCAAUGCUCCAGGGCACUCAAAUGUCACCCAGCCAAGCAGACACCAGGACACGAAGCUGGGUGCAGCCCUUCCUGACAGCCUGGAGACCCUACAGAUGGACAUGCAGCACCUGAGCAUUGGUGAUAAAGCAGGCCAGGAAGAUGUUCUCAGGGCUUUUCAGCUGCAGGAGGCUGAGGAAAAGAGGCCCCCCAGCCCUUGGAGAUUCCAGCAGACAUUGGGGCAGGAGGAGGCCAAUGACCACGUUAACUGUGGGGCUGUGCAAGGAGGAUGCAGCCCUCUCAGCCCUGGUGCAGUGGAUAAGCCAGGUCCUGCUGACCUGAGGGACUCCCAGGAACAGCCAAAGAGAAAACUGUUUGUGGGGGAGCCUGACAUUGCACGGCUAAAGCAGGUUUUGCCAGACAGAUUCCAGUUUGCAAGAGACAAGAGCAGAGGAGGCCAUCAUGAAGCAGUGGGACAGCUGCAGUCUGCAGCUCCUGCUGGUCCUCAGUCCCUGCCCACCCGGCUGUGCAGAGCUGCAGCUGAGCAGCCUCCUGCAGCAGAGCCCAUGGGCCAGGAGAAGGCCAGGAGCAACAUCCAGGAGGAGCCAGAGCUCUCCUCCCAGCAGACAAGAGGCUCCAGCCUUGGGCAAGAAAGCAGCAAGACCCCUUUGGGCACAUGUGAUGCUUGCCAGAGCUUGGGGGUGACCUGCCAGGCCCCCUGUGGACAUGCCUUGUGCAGGACCUGUUUUGCAGUGGACACUGCACAGCCAGCUUGCUGCAGCUCCUCCUUGCUUGUCCCGAGCUGCAAGAUUCCAGGGACAUUCAAGAUCUUCUCCCGGUCUCAGAGUCUGCCUGGCUUCUAUCGGGACCUCACGCUGCAGAUUACCUACAGCAUCCCUGAUGGAGUGCAGGGGGUUGGUGACCCCCACCCAGGACAGCCUUACAAAGGGGGGGAUUUCUGUGCUUUCCUGCCUGACAACAAGGAAGGGCAGAAGGUAGUAGUGCUGCUGAAGAAAGCAUUUGAUCACGGGCUGAUAUUCCAGAUCAAGUCCUACAAUGGAGAGGAAAGAGUGACAUGGGGCCUUGUCCCACACAAGACCUCCUGGGAUGGAGGCAAAGCCAGGAAUGGCUAUCCAGAUGCCCAGUAUCUCCAUGAGGUUUGCAGAGUCCUGAAGAAACUGGGAAUCUCCUGAGACUCCCUCCCUGAGCAGCCUGCACUCCUGUGUUGCCUUCCUUCCCAGAUGACCAAACUGCAGCUUCACAGAGACAGCUCAGGAAAAGAGCAGGGGUUUGUCCAGGGAGCUCUGUGUCCCCAGAGGUAACCAGAAAUCUGCACUUAGUGACAGCAUCAAUUCCAUCCCCACACCAGACUCAGCAUGGAUCAGAGCUGUCCCAAAACUUCUGCUCCUCCUCCUCCUGGAUGUGUGUCCUCACCUAAUGGUUUCUCAGCAAUAUUCCAACACCAGGUUGAGCUCCAGAGCCACCUUUAGCAGCAUAACCCAAACGUGGGCAGGAGCCUGUGUUGUCCAGCCCCUCUUUUGGAGUUUUCUCCCCUCCUGCAGCCACUAUGGGCAGGUUCCAGCUCAGCCACCUCCAGAGCCUGUGCCAGGGCUCAUUGCAGCUCUUUGUUCAGACAUUUCAGUCCUCAAGCUGAGCUCCAGCCCCUCCCCAGCACCUGCUCUGCAAUUAGCAACCAACCUGCCCCUCUUUUAACAGCUCUCAGCAGCCUCCCAUGAGAAUACCCAGACAGGAGCUGUCUCUGGUGGAGAAACACAAAUAAACAAGAUUUAUUCC